GUGGCGCUUUCAGUGCGUAAAAAGAUGGAAGUAGUUCUUUAUAAUUCUAAUGUUUGUCGAUUAUGUGGCGAAGAAAAUGAUAAUGGAACUUUAUUAUAUUUAUGUGAAGAAAAUAGUCAAGACUUAAGUGAAGUAAUUAACACAUAUUUGCCAAUCAAGGUGACCGAUGACGGCCAACUGCCUCGCACCAUUUGUCCAGGAUGCACCAUACAAUUGGAAGCCACCGUAGAGUUCCUAACUCUUAUUAUAAAUGGACAAAAAAUAAUUCGUGAGCUUCAUCUUAGAGAGAAGGAAUACAAGAGAACUCUGCUCAAUCCCACUAGUGAGCAGGAUGUUGUUACUGAUAAAAUCAUCUAUGAAGUGAACACCAGCAAUGGAGUAUACCAAGUUGAGCACCCAAUUGCCUUACAAGUAGCUGGUCUUGAUAAGCCAAAGCGCAAACGAGGCAGGCCUCCCAAAAAGCCCAAAUCUCCUGAGGAGUUAGCCAAAGAAUUAGCUGCUAAGGAGCAAGAGGUCAAACAUUCUAAGAUAAAAGAUAGAGAUGAAGAACCUUCUGGAAAGCGCAGGAGGAAAACUCCUACUAGAUUUAAAGAAGCUGUGCAGGGUAAAGAGCUUGAAAGGAUAUUCAAAGAGGAAGGGGUUACUGAUGGUGAAGACAGUGAGCCUGAGAUUAAGUUGGAACAGCCCCAUGAGAUCAAAUCUACAGUGCCUAAAGAACCAGAAGUUAUAGGACACCUUGAGGAGUCAGGAGAACUGGUAGUUGUGGUGAAAGGCAAGGGUCGGGGAAGGCCGAAAGGACCAAUGAGGCCAACUCGUAAAGAGUGUGCAAUAUGUGGUAUGGAGUUCACUUGUACCGGCCGGUACAUGUCCCACGUGGCUCAACAUGGACCAGUGCUGUACCAAUGUGGCCAGUGUUCAGAGACGUUCACUACAAGGUUACAUUUCAACAACCAUCAGAAAGAACAGGAACAUACAGGACAGAAUAUUAUACCGUGCAAGAAGAAUUUGGAUAGAAUUAGGUCUAAGAAAAACAAAGCAAACCCAGAAACAAUAGUUAUACAAGAUGAACCAUUACCAAACAAGACUGAAUCCCCCCCGGUGCAAAUAAUAGAAAAUGUGAUAUUACCUAUAGCUGACUCUUUGCCGGACUUGAAUCCAGAACCAAUAGUUGUUGAGGAUAAUGUUAACACAGAGUUCCUCAAGACUGAGGGUGUUACUAUAGAUAUUACUUCUAGUCCUAGUGUUGAUUGUGAGGUCAAAACUGUCGAAACAACCCCAUCUGCUAUUGUGACGGAGAAGUCAGAUGGAGUGGAGCAAGUGGAAGCCAGUCCGUCGGGCAAGCCGCGGCUCAAGUGCAACCACUGUGAGAAGACGUUCAGCAGUAAACAGAGCAAGUCACUGCAUAUUAAGGCGUGUCACGUGGGCGAGCGUCCGUACGCGUGCGCGGCGUGCGGGGCGCGCUUCGCGUACCCGCGCUCGCUGGCGCUGCACGCCGUCACGCACCGCCGCCACCGCGCCGCCGCCGCCAAGGGGUACGCCUGCGACCUCUGCGGGAAGGUGCUAAACCACCCAUCUUCAGUGGUAUAUCACAAGGAAGCUGAGCAUGCAGGACAGCGGUAUGUUUGCAACAAGUGCGGGAAGUGCUUCAAGCACAAGCAGCUGCUGCAACGACACCAGCUGGUGCACUCGCAGGACAGGCCGUAUAGUUGUAAGCUAUGCAGCGCUUCGUUCAAGACGAAGGCGAACUUGCUGAACCACUCGCUCCUACACACUGGCGUCAAGAAGUUCUCCUGUGAGAUAUGCAAGCACAAGUUCGCGCACAAGACUAGCUUGACGCUGCACAUGAGGUGGCAUACUGGCCAAAAGCCCUACUCGUGUACGACCUGCGGUAAGAGCUUCAGUCAGAAAGGCAAUCUAUCGGAACACGAGCGCAUCCACACGGGAGAGAAGCCCUUCCAGUGCACGCUGUGUCCGCGACGCUUCACCACCUCCAGCCAGCACCGGCUGCAUGCCAGGCGACAUAAUGCUGAUAAGCCCUUCACUUGUGCUCAUUGUGGGAAGAGGUUUGUGUCUCGCGGCUCGUGGUCCGCGCACGUGCGGCGGGCUGCCCGCGCGUGGUGUCCGCGCUGGCCGCACGCGCGGGGUUCCCGCUGUGCGCACUGUCCUAAACCUGAGUGUGCUACUGGGAAUAAGCAUAAGAAGCAAGUGCAUAAACAAGUCAGCCUACUCGCCACCACGAACCUACAAGGCGAUCCUGUCAAGAUUGAACAAGUGGACUCCCCACAAAUAGAGUUUGAGUCGGAACAAACGAUCUCUCUCCCUGAACCGCCGUCUCCCGUCAAGCUGUUGGAGGAAACGCCUGAUGAUGAACUGGAAGAGAGAGUCAUAUAUGUCACGUAUGAUGUGGAUGAGGCUGAUUCUCCUGCGUUCCAUAUUCUGGAUCCGGAACAGGCAGCAGGUCUCCAAGACGGUAAGAUGCUGACGACCUGCGAGCUGUACUCGGGCCCCUCGCUGCUGGUGCCGCAGCCGGAGUACGAACACCUGGAGCUGGAGCAGGACCAGCUCGAGUUGGAGCAGGAGCAACUCCAACAGGAGGACAUAGAGCAGCUGCCUGAAGAUCUCGUGUUGGAUCAUGAUCAGAAUAUACCCGUUACGGACGAGCAGGGCAAUCCACUGCACUUCACCAUGCAAGAUGGCACACGACUUGCAAUCACGUCUGCUGACGGAAAGUCUUUACAGGUGAUAACGCAAGACGGACAAACAAUACCUGUCGAGAUCAACGGAUAUGCAGAUGAAGAGGAGGUGGACAAUCCAGACACAAUAGUUCAUCAGCUGAACCUUCAAAAGACUAUUGACUCCAACGUGUCUUCCCCCGUUACCCAUUACUUUACUAUUGUUUGAUUCAUUCGCUUGCGUUUAUUUUAUACGGGUUGUGUAUAUAUAGAAUUGUGUUAUUGUCUGCACGUAUAUAGACGUUAAAAGACAACUAUAUAAUUUAAUUUUAACACUGGCCAUGACGCCACAUUUAUAUAACAUUGAAAUUAAAGUGUCGCAAACUUAUGAAAAGGUCUUCGGCAUAUUUCACGAUAUGUUGAUUACAAAAUUUUCACGAUAUGUUGAUUUUUUUAUAACAAAGUUUAAUCUUGCUAAAAUGGUUACCAUGUCAAGGAAUAAUUUUGUAAGGAUUAUUAUUAAUGUAGAUUUAAUUUAAUGAAGAGCCAGGAACAGCUUUUGCCUUGAUUAAGUAAAUUCUGAUGUACGAUUUUAAUGUUGGUUUGUACGGAUCGUAGCUAUGUUAGUUUUCGCUUGCAGUAAUGGGAAUAAAGCUUGUGGAAAGGUAUAUUUAUUUGUUUAUGUACGCAGAAUGUCUCGAUUUUAAAUCUUUUUGUUCGAACAAUGUUUAUUUUGUCUUGUUUGUUGUUACAAGCAUUGUUCGAAAUAUAUUUAAUUUAUUUCUUAUCUGUUUUAUAUCUUCCUAUAUUGUCGCAAUGUUGAUUGAUGGAUCUCUUAAUUAGAUAUUAUUAAUUUUAACUAAGAUACGUAAAUUAUGUUUUUAAUAAUUAAUAAUGGAAAUAACUGUUUUAAUUUUAUUUAGUUGUGAAAAUGCCGUCGCCAAUGUAACACUAGUACAAUAAAUAAUUUAGUCACAAUUAGUUGGGCAAGAUUUUAGACAGUAUUAUUCUAAUUCGAUUAAAAAUAAUUGUUAUGUAAAUAUGAAUAAAGUUAAUUUUUGAUGAUUAA